AUGGGCUUCCUCGGAGUCUACUCGGCUGUCUACGACUACCAGCCUCAAGGAGAAGGCGAACUCGAAAUCCACGAGGGCGACCUCCUUUAUAUCCUGGAAAAGAACGCGGACGACGACUGGUGGAAGGCGAAACGCAAGUCCGACCAUGAAGAUGACGAUGAGCCCGAAGGCUUAGUUCCCAACAAUUAUGUUGAGGAGGCGCAACCCGCGCACAGAGCCACGGCUCUAUUCGACUACACGCGACAGACCGACGAGGAGGUGUCAUUCUCGGAAGAUGCUGAGCUGAUGGUUUUCGACACUUCCGACCCCGAUUGGACAUUAGUCGGAACCAACUCGGAAUACGGAUUCGCGCCGUCAAACUAUAUUGAGAUUAUUGACGAUGCAUCCGCUACAGCCGCAGUCCCUCAAUCUGCUCCGGCCGAGCCAGCUGCGCCUUCACUUCCACAGCGGCCGCCUCAGGCUCCGGAAGAGCCCGAGGAAGCGUCACCCGCCGGUUCUCCAAUCGACAUGUCUCACAACCCCGCCGCCGCCGCAAUUGCCAGCAUCAUCCACAAGCAGCAUGCCCCUGCGGAUACACCUGUCGAAACAUCCAGAGACGAGCCCCCCACCACCAAGUCUUCCUGUCCGGCCAUCGACCGUGAGGACUCCCCACCGCCCAUGCCCCGCCGGCCUCCCUCGACACAGGCGACGCCGCCAAUGGCUCAAUACUCACCUGAUCCUACUCCUCCUCCUCGGCCUCAGCAGGGCGUGCCUGCGACACUCAACCGCGACGCAACACGCGUCAAAGCAUCUCCCCCUUACAACCGGGCGGGCGAGAUGACCCCGCGCUCACCUUCUGGUUAUCAUAUCUACAAUAUCAAUGAGAUGGUGGAGGUCAUGGGAAAGAGGAAGAAGAUGCCCACCACUUUGGGAAUCAAUAUGGUGACUGGCAUCAUCUUCCUGUCUCCCGAAGGCGACGACAGACAACAGGAAUGGAGUGCGGAGAAGCUGAGCAAUUACUCGAUCGAAGGAAAGCACGUUUUUGUUGAUCUUGUCAGACCCAGCAAGAGCAUUGACUUCCAUGCGGGAGCCAAGGAUACCGCUCAUGAGAUUGCCGCUGCACUUGGCGAAAUUGCGGGGGCUUACCGCGCCGGAGGACUGCGUGAGGUGCUGGAGGCAAGCGAAGGCAAUGGUCCCAGAAAAGGACAAAUCUUGUAUGACUUCGUGGCCCAAGGCGACGAUGAGGUAACGGUGGCUGUCGGAGAUGAAGUUAUUGUCCUUGAUGAUACCAAGUCCGAGGAAUGGUGGAUGGUGCGACGCCUCAAGAACAAGGAAGAGGGUGUUGUCCCGAGCAGCUAUGUUGAAGUCACAGGGCUGAUUCCUAAGCCACCCAUUCUGCCCGCGGAGCCUGGUCUGUCCACUGUUGAGAAGAACCGCAGAGAGGAGAUGCGGCUGAGCAAACUUGCUUUAGGCAAGUCACGGACGGACUCGAUGGACUCAUCAGAACGUCAAGGCAAGCGCGACAGCAAGAUCAAGUCGAAGCCCGAUCCCAGUAAAGUGCGGAAAUGGACCGAUCGGUCCAAAGACUUCACUGUUGAGGCCCAAUUUAUCGGUCUUUCAGAUGGAAAAAUCCAACUCCACAAGGUGAACGGCAUCAAGAUUGCUGUUCCUGUUGCGAAAAUGUCCGUGGAAGACUUGGAGUAUGUGGAGAAGAUCGCUGGUGUCUCGCUGGAUGAGGACAAGCCACUCUCUAGCAUCCGACCUCGAGUGGCCGCCGAGAAGAGCUCCAAGGCCGGGGCCUCGGUGAACAAUGAUUACGACUGGUUUGACUUCUUCUUGAAGGCUGGUGUUGGGCCACACCGAUGUGAACGAUAUGCACAGUCAUUCAACAAGGACUCGAUGGAUGAGUCUAUCUUACCUGAGAUCACAUCUGAGAUUCUUUCGACUUUGGGUCUGAACCAGGGUGAUAAUCUACGUGUGAUGAAGGUUUUGGAUGCCAAGUAUGGCCGUGCUCCUGACAAAUCCAAGCCGCGAAACGUGAGUUUCGGCGGGGAGGAGGUCAUUGGUAAUGGCGAUGGCGGACAGGGUGGACUCUUCUCUGGCCCUGGUGGUGUGCUGCGAAACAACACUGGACGAACCAGACCGACACCCAACGUCACUGUGGGUGAAGUCAAUGCUAAAGCGUUUGGACAGCCGGAUGAACCCAGCUCGCCCGCUACUCCGGCCAGCCCACAGCCACCUGCUGCAGAGCCCGAGAAACCCGCUGCGCGUGGGUUUGAUGACGACGCUUGGGAGGUGAAGCAGCCAAAGCAGCCAGCUAGGCCCGCCGCCGCAGCGACCCCGACCCCGCCUCCCGCGGCAGCCCAAGUUCCACAGGUCACUGGGGCUAUCGCCGACUUGUCUUUGCUUCAAGCUCCUCUGCAGCCGACCCCUGCUCAACCUACCGGCGUGUCACAGGCUGCCCCUCCCGCGCCUCCUCUCCAGCCACAAGUAACGGCCGUUCAAACACCCCCACCACAGCAGCCACAGCCAACGGGGGCCAACGCCAAUUUGUUUGCCCAGGUAGCGCAGCUUGGCCAGCAAGCCAGACAGCGCCCUCAGCCUCCUCAGGCAAUGGGACAGAACUCACUUUUGCCUCCCCCUCCGCAGCGUCCACUCUCUGCGCCACAGAACUUUUCGCAACAGCAGAAUGCCUUCGGUCCUUCUCCUUUGCAGGCCCAGUUAACAGGAGUUCCUCAGGCAGCUCCUGGGCAAAAUCCUAUGGGCAUGAACCAGCAACCUUACCAGCCUCAAAUGCAGCCUCAAGCAACGGGAUACAUGGGACAGAACCAAUUCCAGAAUGGAUUGGCGCCCCAGCCCACCGGGUUCACUCCCCAGUCCCAAUUCGGCAUCCAGCAGCAGCAGCAGCAGCCGCAGUUUGCCCAGCAAAUGGCCCCGCAGCAGACUGGUUUCCAAGGUCUUGGGCCACAACCCACUGGGUUCGGAUACCCGCAGCCUCAGCAACCCAUGCAGACCGGAAUCAACUCUGUCCUUCCUCCUGCAUUGCAACCUCAGCCCACUGCAAAUGGGUUUGGCAACCAGUUCCACCCAUCACCACCCCCUAUACCCCCAAUUCCCCAGCAGCCCACUGCCACCCCUCUAUCGCCCCAGAAAACAGGCCCACCUCCUUCCAUCCGGUUUGGUGUCAAACCAGAUGGCCCCAAGAAGCUUGAGCCACAGGCCACAGGACUCAGAGCCAACCUCUCGCAAGCUACUCCCAAUAAUCCAUUCGGCUUCUGA